CAAACGUUCCAACAGAGAACUUCACGAUCUACAAUACAUGCAACUGACCGUAUAAUCAACAACUAUCAAAAUUUUAUUUUAUAACAUCGAAACUCCAGUGAGUUGUGUCCAAGUUUUAUUCAGUGUAUUUUUAUUGCUAUAAAUUUUCGCUGCAUACUUUUCGUUAGUUGAGAAGUUUUCGCGUUACAAAACAAAACUCCGUGUUUCCACGUAGAUUCCCCGCUACUUCCUUUUUUCUUCAACAAUGAUGUGGUGGGCUAUCUGGUGCGUGAUGGUGGUGGUCAGCAGCGCGGCGUCGGCCGCCCCUGCCCCUGAUUCCGCUCCCAUGGACCUCGUGCAGAUAGACUCCGCCGGACCUGAUGACGAAAGCCUCGGAUAUGCAGUAUCAUCUUUGGAAGGUCGUUAUGGUGCCGAAGCUCCCUGGCUGUACUUGCUCGCUGAAAUGCCCCGUGACUCACAGAUCGGCAGAGCAGCGGUGAAGAGGCGCAUGCCUUCGCUGUCCAUCGACCUGCCCAUGUCCGUGCUGCGACAGAAGCUCAGCCUCGAGAAGGAACGCAAGGUGCACGCCCUGCGCGCCGCCGCCAACAGAAACUUCUUGAACGACAUUGGCAAACGAGGACUCCAGUGGUCGCGAUCGGAACAGCCAUCCGCAUACUACUAGAGCCUGUACUAUUAUAGUUUCAUGUCCCUAAAAAUGUUGAUUAGCUCGUAAAACUGGUAAUAUGUCGGAAUAAAUGAAUAACCAUUGUACACUUCAUACGAUAAAAAUGAAUAUUUAAGUUUGGCGUAGUGAUAAUGAAUUUUAAGAAUUGUAUCUGUAUUUAUUAAUAAUUGAUAGCAAAAUUGUGAAAAUAUAUUAAUAAUUUUGGGCGAUUUAAGUAAUCAUUAUUAAUUUAUUAGAAUUGCAGCUUGUAAAUUGUACUUCUAUUUAUCGCAAUAAUAUGAUUUACUCGUUGUCAUAAUUAAAAUAAUAUAUAAUUAUUUGUUUUAGAAAAUAGAUUUCAAUUAUCAUCUUUGAAUGCAUAAAAAUGCAAUAAACAAUCGUUGAUGA